ACACAACACAGCAAAGAUGUCGUCUACAUCACAGAAGCACCGUGAUUUUGUGGCUGAGCCCAUGGGCGAGAAAUCCGUGCAGUGCCUGGCUGGCAUCGGGGAUGUUCUGGGGAAGAGGAUGAAGGAUAAAGGCUUUGAGAAGGCUUACGUUGUCCUCGGUCAGUUCCUUUUGAUGAAGAAAAAAGAGGACCCGUUUAAGAAGUGGCUGAAGGACACCUGUUCUGCCGAUGCCAAGCAGGCGGGGGAUUGUUAUGGCUGCCUAAAAGAGUGGUGUGACGCCUUCUUGUAAACUGACCACACUCACUCCCUUUAACACCUAUCCAAACCCGGCCACAGACAGAUCCACAACCCCUGACAU